AUGUUCGAAGACUUUGUCAUUGUGCAGCAUCCUCUGCACUCCGGGAUGGCCACCACGGGGGCAUGCCAUUUGGCAAAUGUCCCGAAUGAAAUCAUACUUCUCAUUAUAAAUCAUGUGCCGCAUCAACGGGAUCUCGCAGCCUGGUCCCGAACCAGCCAGUACUUUCACUCCAUCAUAAACCCAGCGCUAUAUGACGCCGAGAUAUCCAAAAAGGAUUGGCGUGUCGUUUUCUGGGCAGCUCAGCAUGGCCGCAUUGGUACGCUGAGAUGCUGGACAGCAAUUCGUAAUGCUGAUGGAAGCAUACGCGCGCCGAUGGAUAUCUACACAACGAGAUUCGCCGAACAACAAUUCAAUCCCAAUAUCAGACCACAACCACCCAGUGCACCGCGCUACGACACUGACUAUACACUCGGCGCAUAUGUCCAGGGACCCAUGGACCAGGCAACACGAGAGCGCCACAGCCGCUGUCAAGCACCUCUUCACAUUGCGGCCAAAUUUGGCCACGUCGAAGUUGUCAAGUUCCUGCUCGAUCACGGUGCCGACAUCAAUGCGCAUUCGCUCGGCCUUGUGCCCAAUGGUUUGUCCGUCUUCCGCGACGCCCGGGACCGGCAUCACUUUUUGAGCCCCGACUGCGUCACGCUGAACGCUCUGCACGUGGCUAUCCUGAGCGGCAAGGCGGAAGUCGCCAAAGUCCUGAUACAGCGCGGCAUCGAUCUUGAGCUCGCACCCCUGCGCGCCGGCCACGAGAGCCACAUCACGGCGCUGCACCUCGCCGCGGCGUAUCCGUAUGUCAUGGGCAACAUCUCGCUCCUCAAGAUGAUGGCCCGGCUACCCGGCGUUGACGUGAACGCGCCCGAUGUGGAUGGACAACCCCCGCUCAUGUACGCCGCCGAGUGCCAAAGCGAUAACCACCCAUCCAUGCGAGCCCUAGUGGAAGUCGGCGCCGACGUCAAUAGCCGGGUCAAUACAAGGGAAGGCUUUGAGGGAUCGCUGCUGGUCGCACUGAUCCGUAGAAUCCGUUGGGGCGCGGCCGCGUACCUGAUUGACAAGGGAGCAAGUCGGGACGUAGAACCAGGUGAGAGAACGUUAUUGGAAGAGUGCGAGAGGGCCAAGAUGUCCGUCAUAUAUCCGGAAGUCGUCAAACAGGACCAAUACGAGGCACUCGUUAGUCGAGUCGGUACAGUAGUCCCAGGUCAUUUGUUGACAUGA